GUCGCCAACGCGCUCAGUCGGCCGUCAUCCCCCGGCGUUGUAUGGCGCUGCACCGCCAGCCCCGGCCAUGACGCGGCGCUAUGAGUCCCGGGACUAGCCCACUCCCCGCCGCGAGCAAGAGUAUGGGAUGUCGCCGCACGGCAGCAACGUACUCGUCGACAACCACGACGCCCUGUCCGCGGUCUUGGCCGCGGCGCUGUCGGCCGGCGGCACGCUGCCGGUACCCGGUUCCGGUGCGGCACUGCCGCCGCCGGCCGGGACCGCCACCACCCUCCCCGACGCCGGCGGCUUGACGCUGGCUGUGGCGGCCACCGCUUCAUCCCUGCUGCAGCGGCUGGGCAACGCCACGCACUACAACGACUCGGCGGGUGGCGCCACGGCCGUGGCCCUCGACGAGGAUGCCGCCGCUCCCGCCGACGAGGAAUGGGCCGACACGCUCGGCCUCGUCGUCAAGGUGGCCCUCAUGGGCUUCAUCAUCCUGGCCGCCAUCCUCGGCAACCUGCUCGUCAUCGUGUCGGUCAUGCGGCACCGCAAGCUGCGCGUCAUCACCAACUACUUCGUCGUGUCGCUCGCCUUCGCCGACAUGCUGGUGGCCAUGGUGGCCAUGACGUUCAACAUGAGCGUGCAGAUCACGGGCCGGUGGCUGUUCGGCUACUUCAUGUGCGACGUGUGGAACUCGCUGGACGUGUACUUCUCGACGGCGUCCAUCCUGCACCUGUGCUGCAUCUCGGUGGACCGCUACUACGCCAUCGUGAUGCCGCUCAAGUACCCGCGCAGCAUGACGAAGCGCGUGGUGGGCGUCAUGCUGCUCAACACGUGGCUGUCGCCCGCCAUCAUCAGCUUCGUGCCCAUCUUCCUGGGCUGGUACACCACGGAGGAGCACCAGGCCUUCCGGGACAUGCACCCGGACCGGUGCGAGUUCAAGGUGAACAAGCUGUACGCCAUCAUCUCGUCAUCCAUCUCCUUCUGGAUCCCCUGCACCAUCAUGAUCUUCACGUACCUGGCCAUCUUCAAGGAGGCCAACCGGCAGGAGAAGCAGAUGCACAACCGCAUGGGCAACGCCAUGAUGAUGUCGACGAACCACGGCGCCACCAACGGCGACGCGCUGUCGUCGUCGGGCGGCUCCAACAAGGCCCUCACGCUGCACGAGCAGGCGCAGAGUACGCCCACCAAGGACCGGCAGAUCAUCAAGAUGAAGCGGGAGCACAAGGCCGCCAAGACGCUGGGCAUCAUCAUGGGCAUCUUCAUCCUGUGCUGGCUGCCCUUCUUCCUGUGGUACGUCAUCACGACGCUGUGCGGGGACGCGUGCUACUGCCCGGACGUGGUGGUGGCGCUGCUCUUCUGGAUCGGCUACUUCAACUCGACGCUGAACCCGCUCAUCUACGCCUACUUCAACCGGGACUUCCGGGAGGCGUUCAAGAACACGCUGCAGUGCGCCUUCUGCUCGCUGUGCCGGCGGCCGCCGUCCGACCUGGACGCGCUGGACAUGCGGCGGCCGUCGCUGCGCUUCGACGACCGCACCAAGAGCGUGUACUCGGAGACGUACCUGCGGCACAUCGACCGGAGACGCUCCUCAGAGUUCGGCAGCAGUCUGUGACGACCCCCGACGGCCCCACCGGGCCCCGCCUACUCCGCGCCAGGCAGCGCCCCGGCCAGUGGCUCGGGUAGCUCCCCGGACAGCGACCCCAGCAUGUGCGCCACCUGGACGUGAACGUGAACCUGGACGCGAACCCGGAGGUGAACCUGGAGGUGAACCUGGACGCAAUCGGGAGUGAGCGGGCGAGGUGCGGGCCGCCCUCGAGUGAAUCAAAAAUGAAACCCAUGUACCUAAAAACUACUUAAGGACAGAGAGAGUGCAGUAGUGUUCAUGUCCUCCACCCCCGCCUCGAUAUUUUAGUGCGAGCGCAAUACUACAGAGUGCUUGGAGACUGUUUAAUUUAGAUUGCGUAUGUUUUUAUUUUUCAAUUCGAUUGUUCGUUCGUCUUGUACCUUCACAAAAUGCAGCACAAGGAAAGAUACCCAAGUCUCCCGGGCCAGAUUGAUGAUAUUUUUGUACAUAUUUCAUAUUUAUAUAAAUAAUAAUAUUAAUAAUAAUUAUAUCAUUCAUUUUUUUAUACCAAUGAUUCAUUUCAUUAUGUUCGUGCUACCCAUAUUGUGAUACUUGCUAGUAUUCUCACGUGUACAUAUGUACAGUGUAAUGUUAGAUACGAUGUAAAAAAAUAAUAAUAAUUUGUACAGAUCAAGAGAUAAAAAGCAUUUUAUUUUAUUAAAUGGAUUUUUGAAGUCUAACUCGUGACCUUGGCGUGCUCCCUCCCCGACGGUGGACGCUCCGCGAACAGCAGGAGGGGGCACGCCGGGGCAGGCUUAACGCGCGGACCUGGCCGCACCUUCCUUUCACCUCAACAAUGCGGCGCAAUUCGCCAGAAUUGAUCUCAUUGGCCGCUCCUUUGCUAUACCGAGCGCUUCAACGCUAGCGCGCUGGCGGCCAGGUCCCCCCGUUCGGUUGUCCUCUGCGACCGCUUCCUCUCGUGACGCCACUAGUUGGUUCCAAGUUUAGUGACAAUCUAGAAAUGAAACCUUAUAUUUUCUAGGGCGUAGUAAACUUCUCACUUCUAUCAUAGUCUUGAAUUGUCUUGCUAGCUCGGCCCAAUGUGUUUUUAUGGUCCUGUGUUGUGACAAAAUGGUCUGCGUACAAAAUUAAAUGAGAGGAGGUAAUCAUCUAUGAUGGGUCCAUAACUGCCUCGGCUGUAAGCUACUAAUCUAUGCAUCCGUGCUCAAAUAUUUUUCUAAGUGUCAGUAUUCAAAAUGCAAUAAUUGUUUCCUGUAACAUCAAAUAUGAGUCUGUCUGCAGUAUGUUUACAUAUGCGUUCUUCUUCCCUCCUAUUUCCUUUCCGACUCCUCCUACCUGCUAAAAUCUUAUAAAUGUUAUAUGAGUAAUGUUGUUUACGGUAAAUCCCCUGCAGUUUCCUUAAUUAUUUCUAUUUAGGAAGGAGAGGAUGAUGGAGAGUAGACCUUCCUAGUUACCCCGUUUGUGUCGAAAGGAAUCUGCUUUAGGUGGACGUUGAACAGCAAUACGUAAUUAAAUUAUGUUUGUGUAGUAACUGUUCAGUACUGCUUUCCCUUGGGUAUCAAAGUAUGUUGACCGAAUAUUAUCCUCUUCAGUCGUGUACCGAGAGCUAGCUUGUUUCUGAGCACUGAAGGCUUUGAAAUAUGGUAAAAGUAACCAUGUUAUGCUCAAGGGGAGUAACCAAUAGAUACAAAAUAAUUGUAUUCCUCAAGGAGUCAAUACUGCUCAGCUAAAUUACCAAAAUCAAACAAUGGUGCUAUUAUUUAUAGACGUUAGACUAGGAAAAUUAAGUGUAAGUCUACUGAUAUUUUCUGUAUUUUCUGUCCUCAGUGGUCAUUUUAGCACGUUGUGUAGAAAAUGAGUUGAAAUAUUUUUUGAUAGUUGCAUCACCUAUACAAUUCAUGUCACGGAGACUACUGAGAAAAUACCUCAUGGCUAAGCAUUCCAUAAAAUGCAAAGUUCUUGUGGAUCUCGUGUUUUUAAUGACCUAUAGAGUUCAGUUAACUUUCGGCGAGUUUCGUGUGAAAAAUAGCUUUGCAUAAGUAGAACACUUCGAUAAAGCAAGAGUACUGCUAUUUGCUGAGCAGUGCCGGUGAAGUUCAUAUCUUUUUUUUUUUACAGACAAAUAUUGUAAAUUAAUUUUCUUCAGGAAAUCAUAUCUGAAUUACCUAGGAAUCUGUGGCUAUGGCCGUUUCUCAGUACACACUGCAUUACUGAUCCAUCAAUGACAAGUGUAUAAUUCGUCAUUCAUCAUCCCAUUUUUUUGUACAAAAGCAGAUUUUUUUAAAACUUGAGAUUAGAAGUUUGUAUUUCAUUAGAGAAAAAUAAGAAUACGGGUAAAAUCUCUCAAAUCGAAUGAGCACGACCCUGGUUCUAACUUCUUGAUUAGUGACGAAAAAUAAGCUAGCCGUCGGUACGAAAUCUCCUUGUUUCCUCUGUGUCCCAGUCCAAUCCGACCUUCCAGACUCAUGUGGUUCAGCAGGAACAAAGCAAUCUGUACAAUACUUUUCGGCUUUGCAUAGUAUUUGAGCUUUGUCCCAAGGGCAAUGUGACACGUACGUUCCGAGCGUUUGAAAAAGACAUUAAUGUGAAAGUAAACUUUAUUAUAAAUUGUGAGCCGAAAUCAAACGAAUGUGGGAAGUAAGCUUUGAGUGUGAUGUAUGGUGGUUGUCUCAGUGGGGACUAGUUGUCUGGAUCAACCUUUAAAUCCUCUGGCUAGACUUAAAUGUUGACGACUCUGUUCAAUGUUGAAUCUGCAGUGAACAUUAAAGAUAGUUGGAAAAUUUUA